GGUCCCAUGGAGCAGAAGACGAGUCGUGUCCCAAGGAGCAGAAGCCGCGGCGUCCAGAAGUGGUGGCGCGGUCCCAGCGAGCUUGGGAGAAGCCGUGGUGGUUUCCACGUGAUGGGGGAGCAGGAGGCAGGUCUCUGCGGUUCAUCUCGGUUGCUCCACAUGACACUGUUUCAUCAUUUUGGUGGCCGAAGAAUAUUCCUUAGUGUAUGCAUACGAGAGUUUCUUUAUCCCUCUGUGGAUGGACAGAGGGAGUCUUGCUCUGUCACCAGGCUGGAGUGCACUGGCCCAUUUUUGACUUCCUGCAACCUCCGCUUCCUGGAUUCAAGCGAUUCUUCCUCCUACGCCUCCGGAGGAUCUGGGACCACAGACAUAUACCAAGACAGUCGGGGAGGAAAUUAUAUGAUAUGUGGGAUUUGCUAUAAAAUCGUGAGAGGAAGAGGAGAAGCAUGUAGGAGUAUACAUGUAAUGAGAUUGGCCAUCAGCAUCAUUUCAGGAUGAGCAUUUCGUGUCAAGUGGAUUCAAGGAACAGUGUAAAGGAUCCAUGGCCUCAGUCACCAUGAAGACCCUCCCAAGAGCCAACCGUCCUGGGCCCAUAUAAAUGAAUGGAGACAUGGAAGUCACCCUUACAAGGCCUAGAACCUGACAGAGCAUACAAGACAGAAGCCCAAAUAACUAAGAACAGGAAGCUAAAGUCCCCUUGUAGGUCACUCAUGGGGAAUUGCCUAGACCCUGGGUCUUGUACCUCGUGCCAGCAGGGAGUGGCGCCGUCUUGUGAAUGUGAGACUCAGUCUGCGGCAGCUGCAGCACCAGCAUCCACCACUGCAGAGCCUGCCGUGUUACAUCCAGGAGUGGCGCAGGUCCAGCAUGUGCAGCCCAUCAAGUCAAAGCGGCGCAAAGGUUUGGCUGGCCGCAUCAGGAGCCGGGUACGAAAAAAAUGGAAGUGUAAGAAAAUUUGCCCCAUUGUAAAUGAAGCUCCUGUUCAAGACCCAAAGGGGUGCACAAGUCAAAAGCUUCAGGAGGAGAUGUCACCUGACUUAGAAAACGCUACAAGUGAAUAUCACCACACUCCUGUUGACAACCCAGAGGAGUGUACACUUGGCAGUGAGGAGGAGGAGGUGGCCUCUGAUACGGAGAAGCCUGCGACCCUCUUUCACCGCCGUCCUGUUGAGAUACUACAGGACCUCAUAAUAGAAGACAUCGAAGAUUCCGAGAUGCCCCCUGAUGUGGAGGAGCGUGCGGCCCAGUAUCACCAUCGUCCUGUUGAGAUACUACAGGACCUCAUAAUAGAAGACAUCGAAGAUUCUGAGAUGCCCCGUGAUGUGUAUGCAAAUCCUGCGGUAGAAGAAACAAUGGGCUAUCAGUCAGUUUCCAACCAGAGACGACGACACUCUUCCAUGGCCCGGACACAUUUCAUGAUAAUUGAGGCGCCCAUCACCAAGGCAAUCAGUAUGAUCAACACUGCCCGGGAAAGCAGUCCCAUGGCUGUGACAGAAGCCCUAGACCGUGUGCUGGAAAUUCUAAGAACCACUGAACUAUAUGCACAACAGCUUCGUGUUAAGGAUGAUGAUCCUCAUGCCAGUGACCUUGUUGAGGGCUUAAUGUCUGAUGGUUUACGAAGACCAUCAGGGAAUGAAUAUGUUCCUUCAACAAAAAACAUUCAAAUGGUUUCAGGGACUAUAACUCCCAUCUCCCUGGAUGAUGUCCCACCACGGAUAGCUCGGGCAGUGGCCAACGUGGAAUCCUGGGACUUUGACAUUUUUGAAUUGGAGGCUGCCACCCACAAUAGGCCUUUGAUAUAUCUGGGUCUCCACAUCUUCGUUCGAUUUGAAAUCUGUAAGUUCUUACGCUGCUCCGAGUCAACGCUAAGUUCGUGGUUAGGAAUUAUUGAAGCGAAUUAUCAUUCUUCCAAUCCCUACCACAAUUCUACGCAUGCUGCAGAUGUGCUUCAUGCCACUGCCUAUUUUCUCUCCAAGGAGAGGAUAAUGGAAACUUUCAAUCAAUUUGAUAAGGUGGCUGCACUCCUUGCAGCCACGAUUCACAACUUGGAUCACCCUGGGAGAACCAACUCCUUUCUAUGUAAUUCUGGAAGUCAGUUGGCCAUUUUGUAUAAUGACAUAUGUGUGCUAGAGAGACACCAUGCAGCCUUGGCCUUCCAACUGACCCUCGGAGAUGAUAAAUACAACAUAUUUAAAAAUAUGGAUAGGGAUGACUAUUGGACACUGCGCCAGGGGAUUAUUGACAUGGUCCUAGCCACAGAAAUGACAAAUCACUCUGAGCAUGUCAACGAAUUUGUCAACAGCAUCAACACAACCUUGGCAACACUAGAAGAAAAUGGGGAAACUGAUGAACGUCUGGAAGCCAUAAACAAUAUGCUUAGGAUUCCAGAGAAACGGACUCUAAUGAAACGAAUGCUGAUUAAAUGUGCUGAUUUGUCCAAUCCCUGCCGACCCCUGCAGUACUGCAUCGAGUGGACUGCACGCAUUUCAGAAGAAUAUUUUUCUCAGACUGAUGAGGAGAAGCAGCGGCACUUACCUGUGGAGAUGCCACGUUUUGACAGAAAUACGUGCAGCAUCCCCAAGUCCCAAAUCUCCUUCAUUCGUCAGAUUAUCAAAUACAUGUUUGUUGCUUGGAACGCCUUUGUAGACCUGCCAGAGUUAAUGUGGCAUCUGAACCGCAACCUUCAAUAUUGGAGGGGACUGGACAGAAUGAUGCUGCGGGGCCUUCGACCACCUCCUUUAUAGUGAGAGACACCACCCAGAGCCCUGAAGCUUUGUUUAUUACAUAAAAUUUUAAAAUGAUUAUUAAUACAGUUAUUAAAAUGUUUUAUUUAUUUUCUAUGAACUUAAAAAUACUUCAAAGCCAAUUUCAAAUACUAUGACCAUACUUACAUGAUUCACAUUCAUUAUGCAUUACUGGGUAUACACACUUAUUUUCAUAAUGCAAAUUAAUAUAAAAUGACAUUUUUACUGCACUACAGAAAUGUUUCUGUAUGUUAAACUUUUUGAUUGAGGCUAAUUGGAAAAAGCUGGAGUCUUAAUGUAAGCGCUAAAGAAGGCUGCUUCUACUGUGAAGAAACCAGGGCUCUGAAGCAGCUUGAGCCGCUUACUGAAUUUCACAGACAACUCCCCUGGGUCAAAUUAAGACUCUUCUUGGUUUGCAAAGAAAACUUUUUUCUAAAAUUUUAUAAUUCAAUUUCCAAAAGUUGACCCUAUUAUACACUGUUUCUACAAAAUAUUUCUUAUAAAAACAAAGAACAAAAAUGGAAUGCUUAAUGAAUUCACAUUUUAUAACCAACCUGUUUUUAUCUGCAGUGGGAAUCUUCGAUGCCAGAAAUUUAUAAAGAGGUUCUGUAUCUUCACACUUUGAAUAAGCAUACCAUAAAAUAAUGACACUUGACAUGUCAGCAUGUUUGUCAUUUCACAUUAAACUCAAUUUGUUUUUUCCCAGAUAAAAAUGAAAUUAAACCAUUUCUUUUUAAGAAA